CUGUCCCAGUGUUUCGGGAUCUACCCCUCAUGCUUCUGUGGGCAUUGCUGUUGAUCCUUGGUUUGGUCGGCAGACAAUCUUCUUUUGCAAAGAAAGCCGUGGUGCACCUCAGCCCUCCAUGGACCACUAUCUUCCAAGGGGAGAAAGUGACUCUGACUUGCCAUGGAUUCAACUCCUCCAAACCAGCGACAACAUGGUGGUACAAAAACCAACGAUGGCAAAGUAAAUGGUCUACAAACAGUGUUGAGACUAAUCAGGAUGGAAAGUACACAUGCCAGACCCAGGACUCAGAUCUCAGUGACCCUGUGAACCUGAUAGUUUCUUCUGGUCCACUGAUCCUGCAGACCCCAUAUUCCGUAUUUGAAGGAGAAACAUUGGUCCUGAGAUGCCAAAGACAGCAUAAUGUGAAAAUCACAGACGUGUCAUACUAUAAAGAUGAAAAGAAAUUGUUUUAUCCCCCUAAAAACUCUGAUAUCUCCAUUUCCAUCCCACAAAUUAAUUUAAAUUACAGUGGCAACUAUCACUGCACAGCAGUUUUUCCAGAUAAUUACUUUUCUAAGAAAAAAAGUUCAAAAACAGUAGAGCUCCAAGUCCAAGAACUGUUUCCACCUCCUGAGCUGCAAACCACAACUUCAGAGCCCACUGAGGGGACCUCAGUGACCCUGAGAUGUGAGACCCAGCUCCCUCCACAGAGGUCAGACACCAAGCUGCACUUCUCCUUCUUCAGAGAUGGCAGGGUCAUUGCAUCAGGCUGGAAGAAGUCUCAGGUACUCCCAGCCAUCUGGAGGGAAGACUCAGGGUCAUACUGGUGUGAGGCAAAAGCCAUGACUCAGAAUAUUCAGAAACAGAGCAACCGCAUGAAGAUCAGUGUGAAAAGUAUCCCCGUCUCUGGCAUCAUCAUGGAGACCCAGCCCUCCGGGGGACAGGUGACUGAAGGAGAGAAACUGGUCCUCAUCUGCUCAAUAGCUCAGGGCACAGGGAACAUCACAUUCUCCUGGCACAUAGAGGGCAUUAACACAAGCCUGGAAGAGAAGACUCAACGUUCUCUGAAGGAGAAGUUUGUGCUCUCUGCUAUGAAUGAGAGUGACGCAGGGAAGUAUUACUGUACUGCUAACAAUGGCAUCAGCACCUUCAGCAGCCAGAGAGUGAAUGUCACCGUGCAAAUUCCAGUGUCUCAGCCCCUCUUCAACCUCAGUACACUUGGGACACAGGCCACUGUGGGAGAUGUAGUGGUGCUUCACUGUCAUGUCCUCAGAGGUUCUUUUCCAAUUCAGUAUCAAUUUUACCAUGGAAAGGCAAUCCUUGAGAACAGGAUGGCCCCUUCUGGAGGUGCAGUUUCCUUCAACCUCACCAUAACAACUGGGCAUUCUGGGAAGUACUUCUGUAGGGCCAACAACAGUUUCAGUUGCCAGCUCAGUGAAACUCUGACACUCUCCAUUUCAGUUCCUACAAGAAGUUGGAAGAAUACGGCCACUGUGGGAAUCAUUGUUGCCCUGAUCAGUAUCUUUAUCCUCAUUAUUGUGGCUCUCAUGGUUUACUUCAAACUCCUGAGAAAAUCAGGAAGAAGCUCUGCCCCCAGCUCAUACAGGGCCUCUCCCGUCUCAAACCUUCAAGAACCUGUCUACUCAAAUUCAUCUGCCCAAAUGGAAUUGGUGCCAAUAUAUAGCAAUGUGAAUCCUAUAACUAAGGACAUAGUCUACUCUGAGCUCUGGAGUACCCAACAGGGAGAAGCACAUAAAGUAAAUCCUGAAGUUGGAGAUGUGGUUUAUUCUGAGAUCUCUUCCAAAGAACAUGGAAAGGAAGCAAACAACACAAAGAACCCUCCGGAGGGCAAGGACUCCUCAGCUCUCUAUGCUGAGGUGAAGAAGAAAGAUCGACCUAGAGAUUCAGAGGAGAAGGCCAAGGCUGCAGAUAUAAGUCAAGAUGGUGCCAAAAGUGAUAAAAAUGUCAAGCUCUUCUGACCCCUCAGGGACAACUGGACCCACACCCAACUUGUUCUUCCACAUAGGUCCAUAAAACAGUUCUUUCCAUUAGUUCAAAACUGCACCCUGAACACACACAACACUGAAGCCACCUAACUGGCCCAUUUUGGUUUUCAUUAUGAAAGGAAGUUGAGUCAUCUUCACCCUUCACCGGGCUUUUCCUUUCUGGCCUAGCACACCCACCCAGGAAACCAAAUUACAAAACAAAAGGUUGUUCAGCAAAUGCAAAAAUAAGGCAGAGGAU